AAGAUUAAAAACAAACAAAAGCCUCACUAAUAUUUUCACUCAAUUAACAGCCUUUUAACACCGUAAUAUCGUUUUAUUGAAAUCGAGAAUUGGCUUUUGUUAUCCCAAUUAUAAAUGCUAUGAUUGCAAUUUUCUGUCCUCUUGUAUACACGAAGGUUUGCCCUCCUUUGUUUCUCGACGUGGGUGACUGUUUUCUGUUUGGACUUGAUUGUUUUGAGAAGUCAACUCAAGAAUCUUGUCAACUUUCCGCACUGCGUUGAAGCCGCUUAUGAUGGUGUUUUGUUUGUUCAUAUGCCCACCUGCCGUCAAAGUUGUCUCGGCCGAAUGGAAAUACAAUAUUCUUAGUCUUCCUUCUCGUAAGUUCAAUUACUGCGACUUAAGAACUAAUUUAAGGACUGUGUUGGGCAAACUGUUCACAGUUGCUUAAGCACAAUCGAGUGACGAUGAACGCGAAAAGAUGUUACGACGAAUUUUAUUUGGUUUGGGAGAGCAGUUGUCGAAACUUCAUCGAAGACGUCAAGUUUGCUUCCGCGGUUGCGAAGGCAUCGCGAAUAAAACUUCACGUCUUCUUAAGGAAAGAUACUCCUGUCAAAGCUUUACCACCGAGAGAUUCUGACUGGAUCGAGAAUCAUUUCUCACUGACCACCUCCCCGUAUGCAUCUGAUACGGGGCUUAUUGCACAUCUUCUGGGGAAAUAUGGAGAUUUUGCUGAACUAGACGACGAAAAAAUCUCGCGGACUCGGGUCUAUCUGGUAGCUGAACGAGAAAGGCAACAUGACGAGCUUAUCUCUAUCUUGAAGUCGUUUUGUCCCGAUCUGGAUAUCCAAGAGAUCAACGGUAUAGAAACGGACAUUCUCGAAGUUGUGGAAGAUUCGUGCAGGUUUUGCCGCCUUAUUUUUGCGAACCAUCAAGAAACAGUAGAGCAUAACACUGCAGAACAUGACUAUUUCUGUGAAAACCCUUCAUGUCAUCGUUACCAUCAAAGAUUUGAAUCGGAAGAAGCCCUUUCAAAGCACAAAGCUACUCAAACCACAUGUCUGUAUUGCGAUGAACUGUUCUGUUCAGAAGAAAUCAAAAAAGCGCAUAUGAAGAGCGAACACAAUAUUAACGAAAAAUCUAAAAUGGAGGCAAGAGCAACCCUAACGAAGGACAUAAAGCUCGUUCAAUCGGCGUUGCGAAUCUCUUGUCAGUUUUGCCCGCAGAAGGAAUUUCUCUCCCAGGACCAGAAAGAAAUACACAUGAAAAACUCACACAAGAAAUGUAACUGUUCUUGUGGGAAGUACUUUAGAACAAGGGAGGAAUAUUUGAUUCACUUUUACAGUGUAUAUCCGCUUCCCUGUUACGAAAACCGCAAGUGUCCUCAUCGAUUCCAGUCUGUGUUUUACCAAGCCGCGCAUCACAGAGAAUUUCACAAUUCACUGACACCGUUUUAUUGUAUUCCUUGUCAGAAGAGAAAGACAGAGGAAAAGAUAACACAGACGACUAAAACGUGCUUCAAAGAUGAUCGCAGCUUGCGCAUACACGGAUGUUCUCUGGGCCACAACGAAAACGAAAUGUUCUUGUUUGACUUUGAUGAUAAGCCCGCGCUGAACGUGAAAGCGGAAACAUCUCUGCAAGGAAACUCACCGACGAGAACUUGCUCGAAUUUAAACUAUUGCUGAUGUAUAGUUUUAUAUUAUUUUAUUUUCCAGGUUAACCAGAAAUUAAACAUGCGGGGGCAAAAGCUCAUUAAUAUUUCUUAUAAUGAAGUUACCAACGAUAUAAUAUGGUGAUAAGUCAGGAUAUGAUAAGAAAGGCAACUUUCUGAGUAGAGAUCGAUGAAGCUUUUGGGAGCUCUCGAGGUGGAGAUAAUGAGCCAGUCUAAAGUAAAGAAACUUACGAACUUUUAAAAUUCGCAUUGAUCAGCUGUUGACAGGUGUAUUUCCGAUUUGUUUAUACCCUGAAGUCAUAAUUUGUGCGUGAAUAAUCAAGCAUACAAGAUUAACCUGAAUUUUAGUCGUCUCCCGGAUUGAUUCGCAUACCCUUGUUCCACAUCAAAAAUCAAAUAAAACUCCAGGUGGGGACUUAACCACGACAUCAAAAGUUAACUGGGGGUAGUCAGAAGUAUGCUACGUUCGAUUGUCUGUAAGUUCGGCCCCACAGUUCAUCUUCAAAGCAGCUUAGCAACUUCGACUGCAAGCCCAGUCCACUCCGGUUUCUUUUUGUUUGUUUUUUUUGUUUUUAUGAUUUUCUCGUGAUUUGUUCACUUUCUUGAUCAAACUCGUUUCCCCUGGGGGUCUUAAAGAAGAGAGACCCCAAGAACGAGGUUGUUUCUGUAGAUUCGACUCCCUUAUCAUGAAAAGAAAUAAUUGAACCACUGAGAACUUUAUAUUGUAUUGUUCAGGCUUAACUUUUUCACCGAUUGACUCUUCUCGCCUCCUUUUAUCAUACUUAGGUAUACCGUACGCAAGUCUGUUCACAGCCGUCUCUUUAUUUCUUAUGGCGCCCAGCCCCUUCCGUUUGCGCUCGUUCAAACCCGCGCGAUAUUCAGUUUUCUGACCUCCUCGAUAAUCUUAAAGAGAAUAUAAGGAAAACAGACGGACUUAAAAUGCAAGACAAUCCUCUCAUAUCUUUAGCUACGGCUUAAUUCCCAGUCGUUUCGGGAGUGUUUUGGGGUUCCGUUUGCAUCUUCCUCACAAACUUUUUAGCACGAUUGCGGACCUUCUUGCCUGGACGAUGCGCAAGAAGACUGGGCAUGUGA